CGUGUCUAACCUAUUUUAAUGUUCCAUGUUCAAAUCGGUGCUUUUGUUACUGUUAGAAUACAAAACAACGAUAAACAAAGUGAGCGAAAUUCGUGGCUGGAAUUGAAUGGGGUUAUGAAAGAUCAUUAGUAAUAGGUUGCAAUGUCUACUCCUUGUCAAGGGAAUAAACGUGGAAGAGCUACUAAUACUAUGCAUAAAUUUUUCAAAACUAUUGAAGCAGCAACUAGUAAUGUGAUGUUUUCGUCUCCAUCAUCUGCUAGAAAUCAUGAAGUUUCAGUUGUAAAUUGUGAACCUGAAGAAGUUGAGGGUACUCGAAGAACUGUUGAAGUUGAGGGUACUCGAAGUACUGAUUUUGAAGAAGUUGAGGGUACUCAAAAAACUGAUGGAGUUGAGGGUAUUCAAAGAACUGAUUUUGAAGAAGUUGAGGGUACUCGAAGAACUGAUCUUGAAGAAUUGGAUACUCAAAUCGUACCUGAAGUUGCCGAUAGUGCGUAUGUUACUUCUUUAGAACGGGAUCCUAGAUUACGUAUACCGAUAAUGCAACAUCCGGCUAACAAACGUGUUGAAGUUCGCCGAGCUUAUCUACAAAUGGGGCGUAUUAGAAUAAAACUUGCUAAGUAUCCAGGUACUCCAAUGGGAAUCCAAGACCGUCGAUUUUCUGCGAAGUGGUUUGAUGAAUUUCAUUGGUUAGAAUAUUCUAAAGCUAAAGAUGCUGUGUUCUGUUUCUAUUGCUAUUUAUUUGAGAAAAAUCUACCAAGAAGACCAGAGUACACUUUUGAAGGAUUUAGAAAUUGGCAUAACGUUAAAAAUGGAGCUAAAUGUGCAUUUUUGGCACACAUGGGAAGUAGCAAUUCUGUACACUUCACAUCUUUAGAAGCAGGUGAGAAUUUAAAGAAUCCACAACAACAUAUUUCCACUAUUAUCCGUACGCAGUCGAUAGAGAUUAUAUGGAGAAACAGGUUAAGAUUCACAAUAUCGGUUCAAUGUGCCCAGUGGUUAGGUUUUCAGCAGUGUCCUUUUAGAGGACACGAUGAAUCGAAAAAUUCAAAGAACCGUGGUAAUUUUCUUGAGAUGGUUAGAUUUUCCGCCACACUCAAUGACAAGGUGAAAGAGGUUGUCCUAGAAAAUGCUCCCAAAAAUUCUACUUAUACGUCGCCUGCUAUUCAAAAAGAGAUUUUGAAUAUUGUUUCUAACGAAAUCAGAGACAAGAUUCAUGAAGAAAUUGGAGAUAGGAAAUAUUGCAUACUUGUGGAUGAAUCUAAAGAUGCUUCAGAUAAAGAGCAGAUGGUGCUAGUUUUGAGGAUCUUUCCAAGAUGCUCAAGAAGAUGAUAUUAACCAAAGGUUGGCUAAUGGUGAUCUUGAGACAGGUAGAGGGGAUAAUCAAAUAGGUACGUUUCCACGAGCUACUGAUACUCGCUGGAGUUCUCAUUAUGGUUCUGUAUGCAGUUUGAUUGAUAAGUUUGAUGCAGCUUAUACAACUAUUGAAGAUAUUAGUACAAGUGAUCCUAACGAUACAUGUGGGGUAGGUCAAGCACAAAGUACUUUAGAAAAAAUGCAAGAAUUUUAAUUUGUUUUUGUGUUGCAUCUAGUAUAUAAGAUAAUGGGAUACACUGAAAUACUAUGUCAAGGACUUCUAAAGAAAACACAAGACAUAUUCAAUGUCGUGACUUUAGUUUCGAACACUAAGAUUUUACUUCAUAAAUUAAGAUCAGAUGAAGAUGGUUAUCGACUUUUUAUCGAAACAGUGUUCCUAUUUUGCAUUAAACAUGGUAUCGACAUCCCUGAUACGACCGCACCUUAUAUGCAAGGUACAGGUCGUUCUUGCAAGCAGCGUGAUAACAUUACUGUAGAUCAUCAUUAUCACCAUGAUAUUUUUAAUGCUGCAAUUGAUCUUCAGAUCGCAGAAUUAGUUGGAAGGUUUCCUGAGGAUACAAUGGAGUUACUUGUUCUUUGUUCAUGUUUGGAUCCUCGAGAAUCUUUCAAAGCAUUCCAUGUAGAAAAUGUUUGUACUCUAGCUGAAAAGUUUUAUCCUCUCGAUUUCAGUCGACAAGAGGUACAUACUUUGAGAAAUGAAUUAUACCACUAUGGGCAAGAUGUAGUCAAGCAUGCUGGUUUUAAGAACUUAUCAACUGUUGCUGAAUUAUGUAGACGUCUAGUGGAAACAAGAAGGGAAGAUGUUUAUCCUUUAGUUGAUAGGAUGAUUCGUCUUAUAUUAACUCUUCCUGUUUCUACAGCAAGUGCAGAACUGUAUUUUUCAACAAUGUCAAAUGUUAAAUCAGCUCUCCGCAACAAAAUGGAUGCAAACUUUCUUAGAGAUCGCAUGAUGAUAAACAUUGAAAGUAUCCUUGCACGAAAAAUCAGUAUUGAUCGGAUAAUUGAUUUGUUUAUUGCUCGAAAGGAUCGAAAAGUAAAACUAAAGGAAUAGAUGAUGAUCUAAAUGCUG